GGUAUAUAAAGUCUUCUCUCUGUAGAUUCAUCAUCAGUGCUCACAGUAGCCCUUGUUGGAGUUCUGUGGAUAAUAAGCAAGAUCAAUAUGAAGUUUCUGGCAGCUAUCUGCGUGCUCGCCGCCGGCGUCAGUGCACAGGUUGGGCCUUCAGGAAUCGUCAGUCCCGAUGGAGUGAACACUCAGUUCUCCCACGACUUCGCCAAUGACAUCGUGCUGGUUGGACCCGCUGGCAUCGUCACGAAGUCUGGCGCCAACCGCCAGCUUACCCACGGAGAGGCCACCCUUCAUGUUGCUGCACCAGUUGCUCCCCUUCCCGUGGCUCAGAUGGUGUCCCAGCGUGGCGUGAUUGGCCACUCUGGCAUCGUUCGCCCAGAUGGUAACAACGUCCAGUUCACACAGGCUCAGGCUGACAACAUCGUGCUGGUUGGCCCAUCUGGCAUCGUCACCAAGGACGGCUCCAACAUCCAGCUGACCGACGACCUCCACUUCGUCCAGAAGCGCGAUGUCUCCGGCCAUCUGGUGGGAGCCUCAGGAAUCAUCACCAAGACCGGCCAGCUGAUCCAGCUGGAACCUGGUGUCACGAUUGUCCAGGCUGGUCCCUCCGGUAUCAUUCUGUCCAACGGAAAGAACAUCCAGCUCACCCGGCCACUGAUCUCCGGGGCUCACUUACUGGCUCCUGACACAAGGACAUCAGCAAUCGACGCCCUGGAAGGUUAUGCUGGAUUAAACAGGCCACGCCAGAUCAAUAUGAAAGUUUUGGCAGCUAUCUGCGUGUUCGCCGUCGGCGUGAGCGCACAGGUUGGGCCUGCGGGCAUCGUCAGCCCCGAUGGGGUGAACACCCAGUUCUCCCACGACUUCGCCAACAGCAUCGUACUCGUUGGACCCGCUGGCAUCGUCACGAAGUCUGGCGCCAACCGCCAGCUUACCCACGGAGAGGCCACCCUUCACGCUGCUGCACCAGCUGCUCCUCUCCCCGUGGCUCAGAUGGUGUCCCAGCGUGGCGUGAUUGGCCACUCUGGCAUCGUUCGCCCAGAUGGUAACAACGUCCAGUUCACACACGCCCAGGCUAACAACAUCGUGCUGGUUGGCCCAUCUGGCAUCGUCACCAAGGACGGCUCCAACAUCCAGCUGACCGACGACCUCCACUUCGUCCAGAAGCGCGAUACCUAUGGGCAUCUGGUGGGAGCCUCAGGAAUCGUGACCAAGGAUGGCCAGCUGAUCCAGCUGGAACCUGGUGUGUUCGUGGCCAGCGCUGGUCCCUCUGGCGUGGUUCUGUCCAACGGAAAGAACAUUCAGCUCAACCUGUAAAUUAUUUUUCUAUUCUAAUCCAAACAAGAUUUUUAAAAACCAUCCUGACGGCAAAUUUACCAAAUUGAUAAACCUAUAUUUUGCCAAAUAAAGAUUCAUUGAUAAUUA